AUGUUUAAUGCAUAUAUAUUUAAGCAGGCAGCAUGCGGCUUAUGUGUGGGAGUAGGAUGUUUCAGUGAUCCACCAGAAAUUCCAGGCAUGGCAUCUUUCCUCAAACAUAUGAUUUUCAUGGGAUCCGAAAAAUAUUCACAGGAAGAUAAUUUUGAAGAAUUUAUUGAUCAACAUGGUGGUACUGUUAAGGCCUCAACAGAUUAUGAGUAUACAACAUUUCACUUUGAUAUCCAAGAAGAACACUUGUUAUCAGCUCUUGAUCGUUUUGCUCAAUUUUUUAUUAAACCCUUGAUAAAGAAAAAUUCUAUCAUACAAGAACUAGAGAACAUAAAAAAUGAGUUUCAGUUGGUACCUUGUGAAGAGGACAAGAGACAACAACUAUUCUCCUCCUUCGCGCAAACUGAUCCAGCCAACAAAUUUACUUGGGACCAUUUAAUAACAUUUGGCGAUAAUGUACAUAUCGAUAAAUUGCAUAAAGAGCUGCACACAUUCAGAUAUCGUCAUUAUAGUGCUCACAGAAUGAAGCUAGCUAUACAAGCGAGACUAUCGCUGGAUAUAUUGGAAAAAUAUGUCGCAACAUGUUUUACUGAUGUACCAAAUAAUGGGCUACCUCCUGAUGACUUUAAAAGCAAUGUUUCUUUUGAUAAUUCCGCUCUAAAAAAAAAGUGUAAAUUAAUUUCUGAUUCUUUCGAAGAGGAUAGAGUAGAAAUAACAUGGGAAAUACCUUUGUCAUCUGAUUUUUACAAAAGUAAACCAUAUCAAUAUAUAUCAUGGAUUAUUGGGCAUGAAGGAAAAGGUUCCCUAAUUAGUUAUUUACGCAAAAAGAUGUGGAGUUCUAUGUGGUCCAAUGAUAAAGUCCAAUGUGACUAUGAAAUAUUCCUCAGACAUAAUUAUGUAUAUUCUAUAUUGAAGAUUACUGUAAUGCUUUCUUAUGAGGAUCAACGCUACUUGAAAGAAGUUUUAGACGCGAUAUUUUCAUUUAUUAAUUUGCUAAAACGUGAGGAUCCACAGAAAAAAACUAUUUGUUAUGAGAUUUAUAAGAGACAAGAGUAUGAGUUCAGGUUUGCUAAUGAGAAGGAUCCAAUGGAUUAUGUGAAAGAUUUGUGUGAGGGUAUGUUUUUCUAUCCACCGCGUGAUUAUAUAACUGCAAACAAGCUUAUUGAUAUUGAGUAUGAUCCAGAAAUUAUACAAAAAUGUUUGAAUUAUUUGGUGCCAGAUAACGCGAAUAUCACUCUUUUUAAAAAAAAUUUGAAUACUCCCAAAUUAAAAAAAAUCGAUAUGUGGUCCAAAACGAAAUAUGCAAGCAUUAUUCUACGAAAGAAAUUAAGAAAACAUUGGAAAUCUAUUAAGCCAUUGCCAGAUUUUCAUUUACCCCUACAGAAUAUAUUCCUUACUAGUGACUUCUUUUUAAUACCAAUACCAGCGGAAGUUUCGAAAUAUCCUGUAAAAGUACAUAAUGAUCGAGUAUCGGAGAUUUGGUAUCGUCCGGAUCCCAAGUUUUGUUUGCUAGAAUGUUAUAUGAAUUUCCAAUUUAUUUCCCCUUUGAAAUUUCAGUCACCAAAAAAUGCAGCUCUCAUAGAUAUGUACUGCCGUGUGUUAAACCUGCUUUUGCACGAAGAAUUAUUUCCAGCUACAGUAGCGGGGUAUGACUAUCAAAUUAGUGUCAGUGAGAAGGGUAUUACAAUUGAAUUAAACGGGUUUAACGAAAAACUACCCCUUUUAUUGAUGACUAUUGCAAAAUAUAUGGUAGAUUAUCCAACCAUUGUUACGACAGACUUAUUUGAAAUUGUUAAAGUGCAACAAUUAGAGACAUAUAACGAGAUGUUCAUAAAACCUGGAAUAUUCGUCCGGGACGUGAAAUUAAUGAUACUAAAGUUGGUCCAUUAUACACACGUUGACAAGCAUACUGCUCUGCGUGGUGUUAAUUUUGAAGAAUUUCGAGACUUUGUGAAAUCUUUUAUCGAUUGUCUGUAUAUUCAGUGCCUCGUGCAAGGCAACAUAACGCAAAAAGCUGCGAUCGAGACUGUACAACAAUGUCUUGAAAUAAUUAAAUGCGCUCCUUUGCUUACUAGUACAAUUCAGGAUGUGAGAGUCACUCAGAUAUCUUUGGGCACAAGCUAUUGCAAGUUGAAAAAUAUCAACAAAGUUAGUACAGCUUCUGUAGUAACAAAUUAUUAUCAAGCCGGUGCCAGGUCGAUGGAAUUAUCGAUGUUAAUAGAUUUAUUGAUGUGUAUAAUGAAUAAACAGUUAAGCAAUUGGCUAUCCAAACUACCUUUUACAUAUGGCUCAUGUGAUCUUCAAGAUGUCAACGGAAUUUUAGGAUAUUCUAUUACUGUUCACAUUCAGACAAAUAAAUAUACAACCAAGCAUAUGGACCAGCAAAUUGAGGAAUUUUUGAAAUCGUUUAAUAAGAUUUUGGAAAAGUUCUCAGAAAAGGAAUUGAAUGAUAUAAAGAAAGAACUAAUAAAAGCAAAACAUAUAGUUUAUGACAAUCUUGCAAAAGAAGUUGACAGAAACUGGAAUGAGAUAACGAAGUCGGAAUAUAUUUUUGACAGAUUCGAGAAGGAAGUGCUUGCAAUAAAGGACAUAAAAAUCAACGAGCUGAAAGAAUGGUUUGUAAAAUAUACAAUGAACGGAAAUAAUUUCAGAAAAUUGAGCGUACAUGUGGUAGGAACUGAUCCGAAGAAAGACGCAAUCGAGAUAGCGAAGAGUGACAAGAAAGAGAGUUUUGUUUUGGAAUAUAUAAUUGACGAUCAGCAGAAAACUGAAGUUCAUUAUUAUAUUACUGACAUAGAAGAUUACAAGACAAGAUCUCUCUUCUCAAACUAUAGAAUGCAAGAAUCGUUGGUUACGUCUUCGUCAAAGAUUCAGCAAGGAGAGGCAGUUGCGGGAACAAGAGACGAGGAGUGGAAGCAAAAAGCCCACGAGACAAAAAUGGAUGUUAUUUGA